CUAGAGAGGAAAUAUGUUCAAAAGAUGAUUAUUAUGCGAAUUCAGACUGCAAUUCGUAUUAUAAAUUGAGUAGCAGACUCUAAUCAAUCGGUAUUUAAUUUCUUACGUCACUUAACUGCAAGCGAUAACUUAAGACACAGACCUAGCCAACUUUAUUUUCAUUCAGUGCUUAUCGAUCACAAAGAUCUAAACUAGUUAUAGUGUAUCAAGACAUUUUUUCAAUGGAGGAAAUAAAAAUGGACAUCGUUUUGGAAUCUAAAAACGAAGUACAAAACUACAAUAAAAAUACAACUUCAGAACGAAAAAUGGAACUAGAUGACGGCGAGAGUACAACUUUAAAGCCAAAAUUUGAGACUUUUGAUGACAUGCUAUCUUGUGUUGGGGAUUUUGGAAGAUAUCAGUGGUGGAUAAUGUUGUCUCUUAUUCCAUACACUGCAGCCUACGCUGUUUUAUAUUUUGCUCAAUUUUUUUUGACACUUAUACCUCAAGAACAUUGGUGCAAAAUAGAUGAACUGAAAAAUUUUUCAGUAGAGGAACGAAUUUUGGCUGGAAUUCCACGCACUGAUCAUUAUCCAUAUUACGACACGUGCCGUCAAAAAGAUUUAAACUUCUCUGAACUCUUAAAAAUCACCAACAAUUUUCAUUCACCAUUAUGGAGUACAAAUGAAACUGUCACUUGCAGUGGCUGGGAGUAUAAUCUUACACAGAUUCCAUAUGCAAGCAUUGGAGCUGAGUUAGAUUGGGUAUGCGACCGGGCAUAUUUAGUCUCGACGGCUCAAGCGCUCUUCUUCUGUGGAUCAAUUCUCGGAGGGUUUCUUUUUGGAUGGUUUGCUGAUCACAAAGGAAGGAUUCCGGCUGUAGUAUGCUGCAACAUAGUAGCUUUAGCCGCCACUAUCGCGUCUGCAAACACUAGUCAUUUUUGGUCUUUCGCUCUCUGCAGAUUCUUUUCUGGAUUCGCCUUUGACAAUGUGAUCAACAUUCCUCUCAUUGUCGUAAUGGAAUAUGUGGCUGUGAAACGACGUACUAUAGUUGUUAAUUUAGCCUUUGGAGUAUAUUUCGCUAUUGCAAGUACAGCACUUCCCUGGGUAGCGUAUUACCUUGCAAAUUGGAGGUACUUCGCGUACUUUACAGCCUUGCCCUUCCUAACUGCUUUAGUUACACCAUGGAUUUUACCUGAAAGUGCUCGAUGGUACAUUUCAACCGGUAAAACAGAUGCAGUUGUUAAGAAGCUUCGAAAAAUCGCGAAAGUUAAUGGAAAGAAUCCAAAUCCAGCAGUAUUCGAAGCUUUUUCGAUGAACGCCAAAGCUGCAUAUAAACAGAAGGAAACAGCAACAUUGCUCGAUCUCUUCAAGACACCUCGCCUGGCAAAAAAUACAAUACUAUUAGUUCUUUUCUGGACUUUGACAGUGAUUGCAUUCGAUGGACAUGUUUACUCGUUAAAACUACUACAAGGCUCAGUAUUCGUUUCCUUCUCUUUGGCCUGUGCAACCGAACUUCCGGCUGGUUUUCUAUUGACUAUGGUAUUGGAUCGCUGGGGGCGAAGAUUCUGCGGAUUCAUUACCAUGGCUCUGACCAUGCUCUUCAGUUAUGCGGAACUAAUACUCGAAGCAGGCCUCAUUAGGAACAAAGGCCCCCCGCUGACUAAGCUCAGUGGCGGCAGCUCGACGGUCGAGAACAAGUGGGCGAGGUAUAACGCGCUGGUUUCAAUGGUGGGGGUAACCGAAACAGGUCAAAAUGCAAGUUGGGCAUCGCCGGUGUGGCUGGCCAUCCUCUGGACUGGAAUGCCAAUGUUAAUAAUAGGGACAGUUUCCCUAAUUACAGCAGUUUUGGUCCUAUUUUUGCCGGAAUCUUUGGGCCGUCAUCUACCUCAGACUCUCGAGCAGGGUGAACAUUUUGGAAAAGAACAAAAAUUCUGGUCCCUGCCCUGUUUUGGAAACGAAGCUAUAAAAUACUGAAGAUGCAUAGUAUAGAAAGCAAGGAUAUGAUAGAUUGGAGAAAAAUUCCCUCAUUAGAAUAUCGCACAAAGACAUGAAAUUAAAGGAUAAUUUUGUACAAUUUAUAAAUACGUGAAAAAAAGUCAAAACUUACAUUUCUAAACUUUC